AUGUCUGAGCGUGGUAAAACUGUCACUAUAAUAGGGGCUGGUAAUGCAGCUGGAAUGCAAAUCCCUCCAUAUUUUGUUUUCCCUGGUGUCCGAAUGUUAGAUGGUCUCUUGGAAGGAAAAAGUCCUGGUGCUGAUGGUAUCAUGACACCAAGUGAAAAACGUAAAAGCAUUAAUAGUAUUGUUGGUGGAAAAGCAUUGGAAGGUGAAACUGUAGAAAAAAUGAAAAAAUACAUUGAUGAAAGUAACAGUAAAAUUAGUUCAAAUGAUCCUAAAAAGAAAAAAACUAAAACUCCUAAGAACAAAAAGAAUUCAGCCACCAGCUUCAAUCUUCAAAUAAAUGAUAAACAAAAGCCAGGUCCAUCCAAACAAAACAUUGAACUUUCUGAAAAAUCAGACCUCUCUGAUAGUGAAAAUGAAUCAGAAAUACCUGAUGAAGAUAAGUGUUGCCAAUGUCAUCAAUAUUAUGUAGACAAGCAUUCCCAUGGUGCAAUAGAAUUCACCCACUGGGCACAGUGUGAUAAUGCUACUUGUUCCCAUUGGGUUCACCUUAAAUACUGCUCUCCAGUCCGUGUUAUGGAAGGGUCAGAAUCAGAUAUAUUGAAUGAAAAUGUGGACUCUGAUGGGGAUCUACGUGAUACACAAAUUGUUGAAGAUAGAGUAUUAAAAGAUGUGGUGGCUUAUGUGGAAGUGAUGUCAAAGAAUGACAACUGUAGUGGAGCAGUGAUGAAAGUCUUACAACAACUUGGUGCAACUGUGACGAAAAAAUUCACCUCAGACGUAACACAUGUAGUGUUCAAAGAAGGAAGUAACAGAACUAGAACAAAAGCACAGAAGAAAGGCAUACAUCUUGUGUCUGUGCUUUGGGUUGAAAAUUGUAAAAUAAACCAGGAGCAUGUUUCAGAGAGGAUGUUUCCAGCAAUUGUACCAAAUCUUAAAGGAAAACCACUCCUGAUGACAAAACUUAGGAAAGCAAAGUCUAUGCAGCCUCGUGAUUUUGAGGAGGAGUUAGCUAGAAGUGGGGAAAGAAUGCGGAGGAAAAAGAAAAAACUUGAUGCCAUAAAUAGACUUGUAACAACAACAACACCUUUGAGUUCACCUGGAGGAUUAAUACUUGUACAAGAUACACAACCUAGGUCACCACAGGACGAGGGUUUUGUGUUUACUCCAGUACGUCUGACCAUACCAGAUACCCCACCUAGUAUGAGGGAGAGAAUGAGGAAAAUAAAACUGGCAAAAGAAGGUGGUGCUGAAUCAACUACUGGUGGUGAUGAUGAUGAUAAUGAUGAUGUUGAUGAUGAAAAACAUCUACAUCUCAAACAGUUACAGAAAAAUCUCUUCAAAUCAAUGGUGUCAAGUGGUAACCGUUCUGGUACAGAUGAAAGUCCUCGUGGUACGACAUCAGUAUUUAUGUCUGAUUCUGAUGAUACUAAUGUUGAAGAGGAGGAUCCCUUCAUCGUUACAAACCAGGACAAACCGAACAAAACAUCGAAACAUGACACCAGUGUUGAUAGUGAAUCUUCUGUAAAUAACGACAUUAUCAAAAUUGCUCAGAAUAUCAACGCAACUUUGGCUAGUCAGUUAGACAGGAAAGGUUCAGGGUCUUGUGUUUUUGGUUUAGACUCGGAUGAAAACCUAUUAAGCUCUCAGGAGAUUCAGGCUGUAAUUAAUUUACCUGUGAAGUUAAAACAGGCUGUUCAUGAUGCUACUAGUGCAUUGAAUAGUGUGGAAAUAAUUAAAAAACCUAGUAGCACUGGUGCUUGUUCUAGUAGUUCAGGUGUUGAUAAAAAGACAAAUCCAAAACAAAAGAAUGAUAUUACAGAUGAGGAAAACCUGACUGUUACUAAAACUAAAGUUGGUAAGAAAACAAUGAAAAAGAAACUUUUGUCAUUAACAGAUUUAACAGAACAACAUUCUGUAUUAGUAGAACCAACAAAAUUCUCAACAGAGGAUAGACCACAGUUAGAGCCCUCUAAAGGGAAAAGGGGCAGAAAAAAGAAAGGUGAUUGUGUAGAGAAAGCAUCAGCUAGUAACAAUGACAGUUCCAAUACAAGUAAUGAGGUUGUAAAUGAAGAACAAAGUAAUGAUAAUGAUGAAGAAAGUAGAACAAAAAAUAAUGUGGUUAAUAAAAGGAGCAGGAAAAGAAAUUCUAGUGAAGGAUUGGAAAAGGAUGGAAAGUGUACAGUUGGUAGAAAAAAGAGAAGUAGUGUUGCUGCAGUGACAGGACAAGGUAAGUCAAAGAGAGGAAAGAAAACACUUGUUGAUGAAACAUGUAUUGAUGUGGCCACUGACAAAACUGAUAAAGAAAAUACAGGUCAUUCACCAGUGACAAAACUGCAGGAUGUUACAACACAGUUAAAUCUUACUAAAGAUAAUGGUUUAGUAUGUUCUAUAAGAGAAACAACAUUGUCAUUAUCAAUGUCAACAGCAUAUACUGAUGCAAAUAUGCCAUCUUUUCUAGUAAGUCAGCGUCGCAGUAUUGAUGAAUUUAAUGACUCUCAGAGAAACAAUAAAAAACGUAGAGUGAGAGAUAGGUCUGUUUUGACUUCAAUUAGUGAACAAGAGAAUUGUGGUGACUCUUCAUCUAAUGAUUCUAAUAGAUGUGUGAACAGUAGUAAAAGACAUGGUGAUAUAAAUAUGUCUCAACAUAGAAAGAUAGUACGGCCAUCUUUGGUUAUGACAAGUCUUCAUUCAUAUGAACAGGAUGUUGUGAUAUCUGUGGUGAAGAAACUUGGUGGGUUUGUUAUAACAGACAAUGUUAAUGAGACAACUACACAUGUUAUCUGUGGUGAAUCACGCAGAACACUUAAUGUGCUAUAUGGUCAUGCACGAGGUAUUUGGUUACUCAGCAAAGAAUGGGUAUUAUCUUCCCUCGAAGCUGGAAAAUGGAUUCCAGAACAAGAGUUUGAAUGUAUAGAUAUUUUUCCUUUUUGUAAGGUAGCAAGACUGGACUGUGGAAACAGCCUUGAUCCCUACAGCAGACAGUCAUUGUUUAAAGGAAUAGGACGUGUAUAUAUAUCUGGCAGAUGUCAACCACCUAGACAACAUCUUGUUCAGCUUCUUAAGUUAUGUGGAGGCCAGGUGAUAGGUGUGAAGGAAAGAGCAAGUGUAUACAUAGGGUCUGACUACCACCCUGGCAUGACCUGUGUCGAAACUAAAUGGCUUCUAGAUUGUAUAAUGGGUCAUAAGCUGUUACCUAUGGAUACAUAUUACCUGGACAGACCUAAGAGAGAAAGUAGUCCUGUAUAUUGAACUCUGAUUAACCUCUGUUUUAUGUGUAGUUAUUAUUCCCGCCCUUUCUUGUAUGACUGGGUCUUACUAUAACUUAAUAGUUUAUAAAAGGAGUGGAUUGAUCCAUGUUGAAUAUUUUGAAACAGUUUUAUCUGUCAGUAACAAAGAAGAUUUAUAAAUACAGUAUUAAUUACCUAAAUGUGAAUUGUGUAGAAUUAAUGCAGUGGACUUCAUUUCCUUUAACAAGAAAUUGUACAUAGUUUUAGGGAUUCUAUGUGGCAAGGCACAUUUAUAUAGAGUCUUAUCACCAGCGCUGACUGUCAUUUUAUAUACUCAUAAAUGUAGUUACGAAGUUAUAAUAUAACAUGCAUUUGGAUAGCUUACAUCUUGAAUUAUAACGACUCUUGUAAACUUAGGAAAGUCAGAUAAAGACUUUGUGAUCAAGUUCUGUUGCUGUUUCCAUUGAAUGCAAUGUUUGAAAAUGUACUUAUGUCUUUUGGGCCAUACCUGCAUUUUUGUAGGUCACUACCAAUUGUUAUUUCAUAGUUGAU